GUUUCCUUUGGCUGAAGCUGAACGCAAACAACAUAGGUAAAGGUUAGCUGGAUUAAAUCGCGAGGUUUCACCGGUUUUUAACACAUUCACCGAAUUUUAAGAACGGGUAUGCAAAGCGUACAUUUUAUUCAAAGUCUCUGAGAAAAGCGUUUUUAACGCAGGAAUCGUUGAUUGUUUACUGAUAUUUCGACCGAGUCUCAAAAAUGAAUCCGGGAGACAGAGGUCAGCCCUUCUCUCCAGGGUUCCCGAUGCCUUCAAUACCCAGCUUUGCUGGAGCUCCACCUCCAGGAUUCAUACCACCUCCAGGUAUGAUGCCACCUGGCACUCAACUCGCUCCACCUUAUGGAAUGCCUCCACCAGGUUUUGGCUUUCCACCAAGCCAAGUUUUUGGCGAGCCAACCCGAAAUAGUCCAGACCUUGGAAAAGUCAUCAAUGGAGACAAAGAACAGGAUGAAUCUAGGGACAAAAAAAGUGAUUGGACUGAGCACAAAGCUCCUGAUGGUAGAACGUACUAUUAUAACACUGUUACUAAAAAGAGCCUGUGGGAAAAGCCUGAAGAAUUGAAAACGCCAGCUGAGAAAAUGCUCUCUAAUUGCCCGUGGAAAGAAUAUAAGUCAGAUGCUGGUAAAGUUUAUUUCCAUAAUGUAGUUACUAAAGAGUCAAGGUGGACAAUUCCAAAAGAACUAGAAGAGUUAAAAGCAAAAAUUGCUGUCGAAGAAGCCGGUCUUUCAGACAAACUCAAAGAUGAUGAACCUAAAACAUCAUCACCUGCUCCAAAUGAACCAUCUUCUACCAUACCUAUGCCUUCUGGAAAUGAUAUUUCAGCCCCAAAAUCAACAACUCCUCCACCCCUUGCAAAGUCUGCUUUGGAUCAAGCAAUGGCCGCUACGUUAGCAGCCAUAAGUGCAUCUACGCCCCCUCCAAAAGCUGAUGAAGACAGUAAUUCAAAUACUUCACUACCAGGGAAAACUGAAACCAACGAUGUAAAGAUGUCCUUCAAGGAUAAAAAAGAACUUUCUGAAGCAUUUAGAACCCUCUUAAAAGAAAAAGAUAUUCCAAGUAAUGCAUCAUGGGAGCAAGCAGUGAAAAUGAUAGGCUCCGAUCCAAGAUAUCCUCAGUUGAAACAUUUCAGUGACAAGAAACAAGUUUUUAAUGCGUAUAAGACUCAGAGAAGAAAAGAAGAAGUUGAUGAACAAAGAUUAAAAGCCAAGAAAGCAAAAGAAGACCUUGAACAUUUUCUUAUGACUUCUGAUAAAAUGUGUUCAUCCAUGAGGUAUUAUAGGUGUCAGGAAGCAUUCGGUCAUCUUGAUGUUUGGAAAAGCGUAAGCGACUCAGAUAGGAGAGAAAUAUAUGAAGACGCUGUUUUUAAUCUCGCCAAGAGAGAGAAAGAAGAGGCUAAACUUAGAAAAAAAAGAAACAUGAAACAGUUGACAUCGAUUUUGGAUGCAAUGGCUCAAAUUGAUCAUAGGACCACAUGGCAGGAAGCACAACAAAUGCUUUUGGAUAACCCUAGUUUUGUAAAUGACACAGAUCUACUAGGUAUGGAUAAGGAAGAUGCUUUAAUUGUUUUUGAAGAUCAUAUUCGUGAGCUGGAAAAAGAGGAAGAGGAAGAUAAGGAAAAAGAGAAAAAGAGAAGAAAAAGACAGCAAAGAAAAAACAGAGAUUCUUUUGGGAUGCUGCUGAAUGAAUUACAUGAAGAGGGUAAAUUGACGUCUAUGUCACUUUGGGUUGAACUCUAUCCAAUAAUAAGUGCUGACCUCAGGUUUUCAGCUAUGUUGGGACAACCAGGUUCGACACCAUUAGAUCUAUUUAAAUUUUACGUCGAAGACUUGAAAUCGAGGUUUCACGACGAAAGGAAAAUAAUUAAAGAAAUACUUAAAGAGAAAAGUUUUGAAGUUGAGGUCACAACCACAUUUGAAGAAUUUGCAACUGUAGUUUGUGAAGAUCGAAGAUCUGCUACGUUAGACGCUGGAAAUGUUAAACUAACAUACAAUGCUCUUCUGGAAAAGGCUGAAUCAAGAGAGAAGGAAAGACAGAAAGAAGACCAGAGAAGGCAGAGAAAAUUAGAAGCAGGUUUUAGAACACUUUUAAGAGAUUAUGAUGUCGAUUAUAACACAGAGUGGGCAGAUGUUCGAGAAAAACUCUCGAAUGAAGAAGCUUUUAGAACUCUCAGUAUUGAAGCCGAUAGAUUACGCAUUUUCAAAGAAUAUCAGCAGGAAGUAGAAGAAUCGUGCAGUCAUCAUCAUACAAGAUCAAAGAAAACUAAGAAAAGUAAAAAACAGAAGAAAAGAUCUAGAUCGCGUUCUCUGGCAUCGGAAAGCGAGUCGGAAAGGACCUACAAAGAAAAAGAAAGAGGGAAAAGAUCAAAACGACACAAGAGUCGGAGUGAGAGCGAAUCCUCAGAUUCUGAACAUAAGAGGAGAGGUAAAAAGAAAAAAUCCAAGAAAAAGAGAGCCCAUUCACACAGUCCUCAUAUGGAAAAAAGAACGAAGAAGAGGAAUAAGGAAGUCCAUACACCCAAAUUGGAAGAAAGAAGGGAAUCGGAGGGCAGAGUUAAGAGUGGUACACCUACUCCAACUGAAGAUAAAAAUGGAUCGAAAUUCAGUGCUCCCGAAAGUGGAACAAAAGAUAAGUCUGAAGAGCUUAGCGAUACUGAACUUCAGCUGAGGAGAAUGGCAUUGCUUCAACAGCUUCACGAAGAAAUUAAUUAGAACAAUUUCUUUUUUUUCUUUUUUUUUCUUUCUGUGUUUAAAUUGAACUAUCAUUUUACAAAAUAUGAAUUUUCCCUAUUGUAAAUAAGUAUAAUGUUCAGUAAUAUUUACGGUUUUAUUUGAACGCAAGUAAACAGUGUAAAUUAAUCAGAUUAUAUAUAAACACUUCUAUUUACUUUUGA